AAAGGCAGUUGAACUCUUUGCCUCACCGCAACAGGAUGGCGUUGAAAUCCGUGGAAGUGCCUACAAAAGUGUUCGACGGCCAGAAACCGGGAACUAGCGGUUUGAGAAAAGCCGUGAAGGUGUUUCAACAACAACACUACACCGAGAAUUUCGUACAAUCUAUUUUAUCAGCUGUUGGGCCUCAGCUGGUCGGUUCUACAUUAGUCGUAGGUGGGGAUGGCCGAUACUUUGGUAAACAGGCGGUGGAUAUCAUCAUCAAAAUCAGUGCAGCCAAUGGUGUGGCCAGACUGGUUAUCGGCCAGAAUGGUAUCCUGUCAACUCCAGCCGUCUCUUGUCUGAUCCGCAAGUUGAACGUGGCCGGAGGGAUUGUAUUGACGGCCAGUCACAAUCCUGGCGGACCUGACAAUGACUUUGGCAUCAAGUUUAACUGCUCCAACGGAGGACCGGCACCAGAUGCAGUCACCAACCAUAUUUAUGAGCUUACGAAGGUGAUCAAGUCUUACUCUUUAGUCCCAGAUCUCUCCUGUCCCAUUGAUAAGUUGGGGACUCAGAAAUUCAAGGUUGAUGAUAGAGAUUUUGUUGUAGACAUAAUUGACUGUGUAGAAGAUUACUUGCAGUUAAUGAAAGAAAUAUUUGAUUUUAACAAGUUAAAGAAAUUAAUUCAAGGAAGUGAUGGCCGACCACCUUUCAAACUGCUGAUCAACUCCAUGCAUGGAGUGACUGGCCCAUACGUCCAACGGAUAUUCGUAGAGGAGCUUGGCGCACCCAAGAACAACACAAUCAACACAACGCCUCUGGAGGAUUUCGGAGGUCACCACCCUGACCCUAACUUGACCUACGCUGCGGAUCUGGUUCAGGCUCUGCAAGAAGGGGAUUAUGAUUUUGGAGCAGCCUUUGAUGGUGAUGGGGAUCGUAACAUGGUUCUGGGACACAAGGCCUUCUUUGUGACUCCAAGUGACUCGUUGGCUGUGCUGGCUGCUCAUCUGGAGUGUAUUCCAUACUUUCAAAGGACAGGGGUUAAGGGUUACGCCAGGAGCAUGCCUACUGGAGCAGCUGUGGAUAGAGUGGCUGCAGUCAACAACAAGGAGUUGUUUGAGGUUCCAACAGGGUGGAAGUACUUUGGAAACUUGAUGGAUGCAGGUCGUUUGUCCCUCUGUGGGGAGGAGAGUUUUGGUACCGGGUCGGAUCACAUCAGGGAGAAGGAUGGCAUCUGGGCAGUAUUGGCUUGGUUGUCAGUCAUCUCACAUCUGGGCAAACCUGUGGACCAAAUACUGCAGCAGCACUGGGCCAAGUUCGGCAGAAACUUCUUUACAAGGUACGACUACGAGAACUGUGAGUCAGACCCUUGUGAGAAGAUGAUCGCCGAGUUGGAAACCAAGGUGACAGCUGCAGGGUUUGUAGGGACAGUCCUGAGCUCUGGUGGCAAGAGCUACAAGGUGAAGUCUGCUGACAACUUCCAGUACACGGACCCCAUCGAUCACAGUGUCGCCAGCAAACAGGGUAUCCGGGUGAUCUUUGAGGACGGCUCUCGCCUUAUCUAUCGCCUCAGCGGCACAGGUAGCUCUGGGGCGACUGUACGUCUGUACGCGGAGAGCUACGAGUCCGAUCCCGCGGCACUGUCACUGGACGCUUCAGUAGCUCUGCGGCCUCUGAUACAGGUGGCACUGGAACUGUCUAAACUGCCGCAGUUCACUGGAAGAGACACACCCACCGUCAUAACAUAAAUAUCAAAACACAAAAAUAAUUAAAUUCAGCUCAAAGCUGCUCACCUGUUAAGUUUACUUAAUUUUUAAGUCUAUUGAAGAUUUUAUUUUUAUACUGCACACGUUCUCUCAGGAUGUAGCACAAAACUUCAAGUGUGUUUUAAUUGUCUGUGUAUUUUAUUUGAAUGCUCUCUAAUGUUGUAAAAUUACCUUAAAACGUUUAAAUAUUACACAAAACCUCAUCAUCUAUUUGCCUGCUUGAGUAGAAAGAUGUCUUAAGAGUGUAUUUUAUGGUUAAACAACAAUUAAUUGAAACAUAACCUCAAUUUAUGUGUAGGCCUACUUAAGAUUUUCCAAAUCUGGGAAUCUUGUUAAUAGUAUACUGUAUGGUGUAUUUUACUAACUUUUAACAAAUACAGCUAGUAGUAGUAGUUUCAGUUUACAAGAACCAAAUUUGUUAAUUUUUUAUUGUUUUCCUUUGGUUUUAUAUAUUGAUCAAAUCUAAUUGAAGCCUCUAAAAAUAAUAAGGUUGAAAUAUAAUUAGUUAGUCCAUCGAUAAUGUUUAGAAUAUCAGAAUGUAAAUAGACAUGUAAAUUGUUUUCAAGAAUAUAUUAAACAUUUGUAAAUCAUAUUUUUCAUUUUACCAUACAAAAAUGGAUGUGCAUGUUUGUCAAUAGUGUGAAUAAAAUUGAAUAUAUUUUUGUAAUAAAACUUAACAAACAUACUACGUUUACAUGAACAAUAGACUGUCUUUAAAUAGCUUAAAGAUUGUUUUUUAUUCAUUUAUGUUGUUUCCAAAUCUUUGCCCAAGAACCUGAAUGCAGUGGCGGGUCGUAAUGGUUAAUGCUUAUCGAAAGUGAAUCGAUUUAAUUCAAAGUUUUCUUCUGUGGCUCGGUGUCUAAGCCUGAUGCAUGUAAGCGUAGUAGAUUCGUUUCCAGUGUGUUUGCACAGAGAAUUGCAAAGUGUAAAUAUGCGUGACAGACGGAUUGCCGAGUAAAUGUUUACUUCGAUUUUUCUGUACUACUCUUCUAAAUAAAUGUUAUCUGAGAACAAAUGUAGCACCGUAGCGACCAAUUGUAACUAAAUCUUCAUUCAUCAACAUGCAUUUCAAAAGAUCAUGACAUAUAUUGUAUCACUUUUGUUGGUUUGUCACCAUGUUGGUUCUAAAAAAGAGGUGUGGUAACCUAGUUUUUAAAUAGUUUUUUCAUUGUUGCUUACAUGCUUUUUAAUGGUUUGGUUAAAUAUUGUAUAAGAUUUGGAAGGAUGUCAACUUUUUGUGUCUUGCUAAAAUUCAGGGUAAAAUGUUGUACACAUCUAACAAUUUACCAUUGUUUAAGGUCAUUUUUUUAUGUGCUCUUCCCCUAAUCGUAAGCAUAGUAGCACAAGUAAACCCUUCUUUUGUCAAGGAGUAAAUUGAUAAACUUAAUCAUUAUCUAUUUGAAUUGGUUAUUAUGAUUUAUGUUGAAAUUUAAACCUAAGUUAAAAUAAAAAAUCAAUUUUUAGUGUUAAGACUAUAAGAUUAAUAAAAAAACUCAUGUGCACUAUGAUUAGGUUCAGAUAGACCAAAACUUCUGUGCGCGCAAGGUUCACUAGUCACACUGAAAACAUGCAGGUGCCGGUUAUUGGCAAUGCUGGGAGUAGGGUGAGUGAGUCACUCUGAGCAACAAGACAUGGAUGUUUUGACAAAAGUACCUCCUCCAAUACCCGGUUAGUUCUGGUUGCGCAAACAGAAAUUUUGGCCGAACUGAAUCCCCAAAUGUAAAAAUACUUCAAAUUAGUAAUAGAUUUUGCAUGAUUGAUAGUACCCAUCAUCCUGUGUAAAAGUGUAUGCUGUUUUACGUGAAAAAUAGGAAUCGAUAAUAUAUUUAGGAGAAACCCAAGAAGAAAUUAGUUAUUAUUGUUUAAUUGUUCGGGAGACCAUUUAAUACCUUGAUGGGAGGUUCUUAGGUUUUGGUGUGUUUUCUAACAACUCACGUGGGAUUUAGAUUUUCGGGCCACAGGCUUAUGCGAAGAAAGGAAAUCUAAAUGACCAAAUAUUUCUUUUGUAAUACAUGGACUGUUAGACAACUCUCACUAUUUUGGCCUGAAAAUUAUUAAGCUUAUUUUGGGCUUACUGAACCCUCUGCUAGAUGUGAGUCUUGUGAGAAAUAUAAGCCUUGGAAUUUGAAUAUUUGUUUUCAUUUACAACUGAUGUUGGGGUGGAUGAAAAUUAAAGGAUAAGUGUUAACUCAGUAAACUAUAAAAUAUAUUAGCAAUUUUGUAGAGUUUCUUAAAUGUUUAUAGACCCUUUUGAAUGAUUAAGUAAGAUAAAUUGAAGAUAUCUGUAGUGAAUGAGCAACUGGUUGAAUGAAUUUGGACAUGAAUUGGUUAAGCCAUUUUCCUACAUCAUGUAACAAAAUGUGUAAAACUUGUUGAUAAACAAAUGCUUGGGAUUUGUUUACAAGAGUUUCCAUUCAUUGUAUAUUUUUGUAGGUAGCCCACUAACUUUUGAAUAAUACACAUAUUGAGCUUGUUUGUAAAUUGAAUUUUAUUUGUAAAAUUCACUGAUUUCUAGUAAAGGAGUUUGCCAACAUCCAAUCGUGUAAAUUGUAAAUACUCUAGUUGGAAACAAGGGACCUGAUGUUUUUGUUAGUUCUAGUUACUGACGGCGUACACAACACAGCAGGAAAGUUAUUGUUAAUGUUUUGUACGCUAAUGUAACGUGUUUUUGAGACCAGCGUUGACUGCCAGUUUUUGUAAACGCCACUGAGUGGAACCGUGCGGAUAUUGUACAGUUAGGUUAGGUUAGUGUUAGUCUGUGGAGGAAGUGGGGAUAUCGUUACGUUCUUGGGAAUCUUCACACUUCUUUGACAUAGCCUUAGGUUACCAACAGCUAUUUAAAUAUCAUAAAUUCUUUGCUAAGGUAAAUUAAAAGAUUUUAUGCUUUAUCUAGAUGUAGGAGCCUCUUCCAUUCGAUUAGUUUAGUCUAGUCUAAGUGAGAAGUGGUAGAUAGGUGCGAUGCACACAUUUGUUAAUGUUACCCAGUCAAAAUACACCCAAAUUGAUUUGUGAGUGGUGUUUGAUUGUCGUUUUAUUAUUGUUAUGUUUGAGUUAUUCAAUAAAUAAAUUUAAAUGUCUUUUGUGA